GACAGAAGCAUGGCGUCUUCUUCCUCCUUCUCAGAAGAUCUGACAUGUUCAGUUUGUCUGAUCAUCUUCACCGAUCCAGUGACCCUCUUCUGUGGACACUCUUUCUGCAGGGAAUGCAUCACACUUUCUGUGAAAUCACUGAAUCAGUGCCCACAGUGUCGGGCGACUGUUCCUACAGACAGGAUGGAUUUCACAACUAAUCACAUCUUGAAAAGCCUUGCUGAAAAAGCAAAGAAGGAGAAGGAAUCUGGAAAAUAUCCUGAGGCUGCUGUGGGGUUUUGCCCGGAACACGACGAGAAGCUGAAGUUGUUCUGCGUCACUGAUCAGCAGCUAUCUUGUAUUAUAUGCAGAGACUGUGAAAGACAUGAAGGACACAAGUUUAAGCCGGUUAAAGAAGCUGCUGCAUCAAUCAGAAAGGAGGUAGAGACUCUGGUGGAAAAGGAAUCUUCUGACAUCUGUGCCAUAGAACAUCUAGCCGAGUCACAGAACGAAGAAAUAAGAAAAUCCAAGGAGAAAUCUCAGAAGCUGAGGAUCCAGAUUAGCAGCCAGUUUCAGGAGAUGCACCAGUUUUUGAAAAGGAGAGAAGAUGAAAUUCUGAAUGAGCUGAAAAACAAGGAGAAAGCUGAGCUUAAGAAGAUGAGACAGAGCUUAAAUGUUGUUGAAAAAGCUUUAACUGAAGGCAGAGAGGUGGGGGAACAGAUGAAAUCUGUCCUGGAGGUUACAGAACCAGAGGGUUUCCUAAAGAGCUGGUCAGAGAGCAAAAUGACACCAAAACCCAAAUCAAACCCCAAAGGAUCAAAUCUCAAAGUGGUGACCUCUUCUCUCUCACUGGGUCACUAUGAGAGCCACCUGCAGUUGUUUGUGUGGAAGGAGAUGCGACAGAUGAUCCAGCCUCAAGCAGAAAGGCUUUUAUUUAAGAGCCAAGAUCCGUUUGAUUUGUCACAAUGGUCAAGUCAUUCUUGUUCAUGUCAAAGAUCUUGUUAUUCUUGUGGCAGGUCAAACGGUUACUAUAAUUCCUCAUGCAAUUGUGAUUCUAAUUUUCACACUUUACUAUCACAAUGCCAGAAUUACUACCAGCUUCAAACCACUAACACAGUUAAUAUAAAUCAGAUCGCACCAGGACCACAUUAUUGGGAGAUAGAUGUUGAAGAUAAGAACUGUUGGACAGUACAGAUAAAGAAUCAUUCCCUGACGUGCAAAGAUGACAAAUUCACCACUACUCACAAAACAACUGUAAAAGAAGUAAAGCUUGCAAACAAACCUAAAAAAAUUGGCUUUUAUUUGAACGGCAACUCUGAGGAGCUCCACUUCUUUGAUGCUGACACCAUGCAGCAUGUUGAAGUUGCUUAAGUUCAGUAUGAGGAAAACAAAGAAAAUAUAGAAAUGGUCAUGUAAAAAGCUAAAGUGUCAGAAAUUAAAGAAUUUUGUUGUGGCAUGAACUUAAACAUGCUGUUGAUGCUACAAAAAAUUCCACUGUGACUUUUUUAACAGCAAUUCUAAAGUCUCUGCUAAAACUCUUAUUUGUUUAAAGGUUUUGGCAGAAAGAGAGGAUCAACCGGUUCUUAGGUUCAGGGAGCAUUUGCAUUUUCACUCAGGAAGAGUCUGGUAAAUUCUUUUGCAUGACAAAUUCUGUAAUUGGACAUAUGCUGCUGUUGUUGGGAAACCUGUAAUAAGAAACAAUUUCUUUUUUUUUGUUUCAACUUUACUUUUUUA